GCAGCAGGCAGGCAGGCAUAUCGGCGGAUGUCGAAUUCGGACGUCGUCGCGCUUCUCCUCUGAGUUGUUUGACGCGGCGAACGAACCUCUGUUUUCCGGCCGAAUUUCAAGCGGAAGUCGCAUACGUCGGGCCGAAUCGGCGGUGGGGGCAUGUCUUCGAUACAGCUGCCGAAAGUGCUGCAAAACCGCAAGACCAGCCUCGAACAGGAGCGCGAGAACUCGCAGAAAUUCCAGGACCUUCUUGUGACUCACUCUCACUGAAUAAUGGUGGAUAGACCUCGACAGGCGUUGAGCAUCAGCAAAGCUGUCAACCAAAUUGAACAACCCAUCAAGGAGAAGCAUGUGCGCAGCACCAUCAUCGGAACAUUCCACGAGAAGGGGGCCAACUUGUUUUGGAGCGUUGGCCUCCGGAUGCCGGUUGAGGACAAUCCCAUUGUAGCCUGGAAGUUUUGUCAUCUGCUGCACAAAGUGUUGCGCGAGGGGCACCAAAAUGUGCUCCUCCAGUCGCAAAAGUACAAAAGCAAACUCAACGACUUCGGCAAACUAUGGGGUCACUUGAGGGAAGGUUACGGCACUCUGAUUAGCCGGUACUGCACCCUACUCAUCACCAAAUUGAAGUUUCACCAGCAAAACCCAAAAUUCCCCGGUAACCUGCAGGUCACUCCAGACGAGCUUAUGAACUUUGGCGAAAAUGAUAUCAAUAAUUAUUUCCAAAUGGCUGUUGAAAUGUUUGAGUAUCUGGACGACAUCCUUGCCUUGCAAAAUGCCAUUUUCGGUUCUCUGGACAUGUCCCGUUCGAACUCGAUGACCAGCUCUGGUCAGUGCCGCCUGGCUCCGCUCGUGCCCUGCAUUCAGGACAGUUCUCCGCUGUACGACUACUGCGUCAAGAUGCUUUUCAAGUUGCACGCCAGCUUGCCAGCAGACGUCGUCAGCGGCCACCGAGAGCGCUUUUUGAAAAUCUUCGGCGAGCUCAAGCAAUUCUACAUUAACGCAUCCAACCUCCAAUACUUCAAGAACCUCAUCCAGAUUCCAUUGUUGCCUGAUGAAUUGCAGUGGCCUAUUUGCUCACUGGGUCCCAAUAACACCGCUAAGUUGGAAACAGGGGGCCCGAGUGACCACAAAGGAGAUUUAGCCGUCUUUUCACCUCCACUCACUGAGAGCCCGCCAAAUUUCCUAUUGCAAUCGGAUUUGCGGACCUACGUGACUCCCGUGGUGGUGAUGCCAGAGGAGAAUCUGCAACCAGACCACCAGGACUCAAUUGAGACGGCGAGCUUUUUUGAAGCGGCCGACCUUGUCGACUUGACACCAGUUCAGCCUCCGCCGCCAGUGCCUCCACAGAAUGGAAGAAGGAGCUCGCCAUCGCCGCCGGCUAUUCCGCCUCUGCCCGACAUUGUUGCACAAAGGGAUCAACUCAUCCAGCAGUUGCAAGCUGAAAUCUUAAGGCUUAAGGGAGAAAUUCAAAAGCUGCUUGCUCAGCACGAGGAGAUUUAUUCUCAGCUGCAGGAUCAAAUCGUAGAUCUGGAGACUAAGUUGGCACAGAAAGAAAGUGAACUUACUCAAGAGAGGCAAACAAAAGAGGAGCUCCUGGUCAAGGCUGAAGCUGCUUCAGCCGCAGAAGAAGUGCAGAGAAAAGCCAAGGAAAAGGAGGAAAAGUUUCAGAAGUUAAAAGAUGUUUACGGAAAUCUGCGCAAGGAGCAUAUAACUCUGUUGAGACAGAAAGCUGACGUGGAAAAACAGCUAAACGUGUCACGCCAGAAAGCGGACGCACUUCUGAAAACCCAAACCACCGCUGAGGAAAAGCUUCAAGCUCUGCUGAGCGAGAGGAGCACCCUUGAAGAAGGGCUGCAGCAAACCGCCACUGAGAAAGACUCCGCCAUCGCUGAGUUGGAGAAAGCAAAAGAGCAGGCAGUGGCACAAACAACGGCUGUGCAGAGCAGACUGGAUAGGAUCUUGAACGAGAAGAGCAAUUUGGAGUCUGAGCUGCAUGACUUGCUGGCGCAAAAGCUGGAGGCAGAGGAGAAACUGGAAGAAUCUGAUCACAUUUCCAAACAAGUGCAGAGCAACCUGAAAGCCGAGUCUGAGCUGAAGAUGUUGGCUCUUUUAGAGAGUGUGGUAAAGCAGGCAGAGAAGAUGCUGCAAAACGCCGUGAGCGAAAUGGACAAUCCCGCUCUGGCAGCCGUCACCUGCUCAUCAGACUACCUAAAAUGCCUCUGCGGACCAGCUGACAAGACUCUGGAGCAACUGGGACCGACGCUGGAUAAGUAUAGGGCAGACCAGGAGGGAAUCGACGAGCUCGCCAACACAGUCACGCAAGCGGCGCACAAUCUGAGCUGGUUGCUGCUGCACGGAAAGGCCGUCUCGCAGACAUCCACCGAUAUCGAAAUCGGAGACAAUAUGCUGGAGCAAUGCAAGUUUAUCGGCAACGGCGCUUUGCAACUGAUGGGUUUGUUGAAGAGUAAGGACACGUGGGGAGGUGUGAGUGAAGCCCUCUCCGCGGUCCGUUCCCAAGUGCAGUCUCUGGGAACUUUAGCAGAGCGCUUGGAAGGCAGGGGCACGCCUCUGGACACAGCUGGUGAUCUCUUGGAAAGCGAGCUUGAGUCCAUGGAGAAGGCAAUCGACGAGGCUGCCUCCAAGAUUGAGGAAAUGCUAUCUAAAUCAAAAGCUGCCGAUUCCGGCAUAAAACUGGAGGUGAACAGCAAAAUCUUGGACGCCUGCACUGCCCUGAUGGCCGCAAUCCGAGAAUUGGUCAUCAAGUCGAGAACCCUGCAAGAGGAAAUCGUUGGGCAGAGCAAGGGUUCUGCCUCUGUCAAGGAAUUCUACAAGCGAAAUAGCCAAUGGACCGAGGGCCUCAUCUCAGCAGCAAAAUCCGUGGCGAUUGGCGCCCACUUUUUAGUGGAAGCUGCAAAUGAGGCCGUGACCAAGGGAGGAAAGCUAGAGCUGCUGGUCGUUGCCUCACAGCAGAUCGCAGCCGGAACAGCACAACUUGUGGUCGCCAGCAGGGUAAAAGCAGACAGAAAGAGCGGAAACUUGGACAAAUUGUCGCAGGCCUCAAGAGGAGUAUCGACCGCCACUGGCGCUGUCGUUGCCGCUGCCAAAGCUUGCAGAAACAUGGUUGAAAAUGCAGACGCAUUGGACGUGUCGGGCCUGACGCUGCACGCGGCCAAGAGGCUCGAGAUGGACUCACAGGUGCGCGUUUUGGAGCUUGAAUCUUCACUUCAGCAGGAGAGGAUGCGUCUGGCGGCCCUGCGGAGGCACCACUACCAGCUGGCAGGAGAGGCAGAAGGCUGGGAGAAAAAGUUACACGAUUUUAGCACUGAUUGGUCUCAGACCCCGGACAUCCCGGAGUAGCGGUUUUUAGCAACAUUGCAGCAAAGGGAACAUCUGUUGGUCAGCGGAAUGAUUUAUAUAUAAACCAGAGGUUCACAUAAGUGUUGUGAAACACCAAAUUGUAUUUCAAAAACAAUAGAUGUAGAAAGUGCCAUGAAACUUGUAGAGAAAAGUGAUCAAUCGUAGUUGCAAUUUGACUGACUAAAGAGAACUUUCUUGUAUUUGGGCUCUCUCCUCUCUCCAUUUAUUGCUAGAUCAAUAUUUCACAGAUCUAACAAAAACGCUAAUUGUUCUUUAGCUCUUUAUAUCAUUGCUUUUAUACUGAUAUAUUUGUUACCAAAGUUUUUUCCAGAUAUUAUUGCAUUCAUUUUCUUUCCGGAGAGCUAGAUUAUAGUUUUAUCUUUAUAUUUUAGGUUUAUUUAUCUCGCUGGAAAGUGAUAAACCCUCUUUAGAAAUUCAUCAUGUAAACUAAACAUUUUACUUCACUUUAUCUACGCCGAUUAAAUGUAACUUUGUGUAAAAUAAAGAUCAAUAUUUACAUUCA